AUUCAAAGUAGCGUUACCAUGUAAUAUCACUUCACCAGCUCCAAACGACGAACUUUUGCUUAUAUUAUGGUACAGAGGAGACACAUCCAACCCGUUAUACACCAUGGAUGCUAGACAAGGUGUUACUAAUCACUCUCGACAUUCUUCAGCUGAUACCUUGUAUGGUAGAGCUUACUUCAGUGUUGUAGAUAGACCGGCCGUACUGAUCCUGGAGCCAGUCUCUGCAGGAGACGCUGGAACCUACAAAUGCCGAGUAGACUUCCGAGUUGCUAGAACAAGAUAUUCCAAAGCGGAGUUGUCAGUAAUUGUUCCACCGAUGAAACCUGUAAUCACGGACGUAAAUGGGAAUGUUUUGGAAAGUCUAAUAGGACCUUAUAAUGAAGGAGAAAGUUUGACGUUAUUUUGUGAAAGCGAAGGAGGUGAACCUCCUUCUUCCGUCACCUGGUGGAGAGACUCGAACCUGGUGGACGAAAGUUUUCAGAUUAUUUCUCACUCAGUUGUCCAAAAUAUCAUGGUAAUUCCAGAAUUAAAAAGAGAACAUCUUAUGAAUACAUUUACUUGCCAGGCAACCAAUAACAACCAAUCACAGCCUGUUUCAACGAGUGUAACGAUUGAUAUGAAUUUCAAGCCUCUUGGUGUGUGGAUUGACAACAACAAUCGACCACUAUCCGCUGAGAAACCGAGCAAACUGGUUUGUCAUGGAACAGGCUCGCGCCCUAUUGCGCAGUUAUCUUGGUGGAUUGGAGGGAAAAAACUUCAGAGUGCCAAAAAGCGAUCUUCGUUCGACGCGAAUCACAUUGGUAACAAGACCACCAGUGUUCUUAUUAUCAAACCUAACAUAGACGACAACGGAAAGUACUUAUCAUGCAGGGCUGAAAAUCCAUUAAUCCCGGGAAGUGCAGUAGAAAGCGGUUGGAAGUUGGAUGUUCAUUACAUCCCUCAACUUAGUCUUCGACUUGGAAGCAAGCUACGUCACAGUCAUAUUCAAGAAGAUAAUGAUGUCUACCUGGACUGUACUAUUCAAGCCAACCCUCCAGCGUCUGAAAUAGUUUGGAAAUUUGAAGAUAAACCACGGUGCAACAGAAGACAGCGGCUUCUCUACGGAACAGCAAGGAACGAACCUGUUAAAGUAUCUUGUGAGGUUGACUCCGACCCAGCUAGUGUGAAGUUUCAUUGGCAGUUUAAUAAUUCAGGACAUGUAGUUGAUAUCACGGACUAUAAUUCUGAAAAAUCUAAAAGCGUCGCAUUCUAUACUCCCAGAACCCAGUACGAUUACGGCUCACUACUAUGUUGGGCAACAAAUUCCGCCGGUUUGCAAGAUAUCCCAUGUGUAUUUAGCAUAAUACCUGCGGGUGUUCCAGACCCUCCACAAAAUUGUACUGUGGUCAACAAAUCAGAAUCUUCUUUCAGAGUGGAAUGCUUAGAAGGCUUCAACGGAGGGCUUGAACAACAUUUCAUGAUAGAGGUUCAUGAUAAAUACCUCAAGGCUGUUUUAGUCAAUAUAACAGCAAAGAAGCCUAUUUUUCUGGUCGAUGGGCUAUCAUCAGGGAAAACAUAUACAGCCAAGGUUUCUUCAGUUAACAGUAAAGGAAAAAGUCAAGCGGUUGUGUUGAAAUUAGACACCCUUCACGUUCUUGAAACUGAAACACUAACACAUAAAGGUAUACAGUGGAACGUGAAUGUAAGCCCAGUGCUUAUCAUCCUAACUGGAGUUACCGGUGGAUUAAUUUUAGUGAUCAUCAUAAUAUUCCUUACUUUGAGGUAUCGUACAACACACGGACAGCAUUCAAAGGAAGGAGAUCUAAAGUCAAACAAGUACGACCAGGCUCAAAAGCACUUUGCAUCUUUCUCCUCACAAAAGUGCCCGGACAUUAUUCCAGGAGAUAACCAACUACCGGACUCUAGUACUUACGAAGACAUGAAAGACGAUUAUGAUCCGCAUGUUGAAGAUUUGUGGUCACCAAAAGAGAGAAAAGAAUCUGAUAAUUUUAGUUCUCGAGAAUUUGAAAUGCAAGUUUCGCCUUGCCAUUCAAGCCCUUUGGCAACAGAAGAACAUAGUUUGUUAAGAAAAGAAAAUGCUUGGCCCCCUGGUGGAAAGCAGCGAAUUGUGGAAAGUCUAUCUAGACCUGUAUGUACCGGACCGCUCUGCGACAUAGACCAAACAGAACUGUCUUAUUUAACAAGGCAAACUGAUGUCUGAAUAUUCUUCCGGAUACGUGAAAUUCAACUUUACAUUGCGUUGAGGAAUGGCUGACCAGCAUGGCAUUAUUUUAAUGAUAAAAACAUGCUUUAGAGUUCAAUACAUAUGAUUCCGCUGUCAAGGUAUGGAACGAAUAUAAACCGGUAGUUUGACUGGUGAGAUGUAUCUUUAGUCCUUCGUUAAUGUUAUUCUGUAAACUGUGAACUUCAGAUGGUAAGAACUAAAGACUAUAGUUAUAUCUGUGUUUACUUCUAAAAGUCCAACGUAAUUAUAUUAAACAUCACUUUCCAUUAUCAAAGUUUAUCAUCUAGUUUUAAAGUAAAACAACAUGAUUUAUUUAAGCCAUUUUUACGAAAGUAUAUAACUUGGAUGUGAAACAUUGUGAAUUAUUUGAGAACAUUAUCCUUAUUGCUUUUUAUUUUGAACAUAAAAACAGAAAAAAAAUAGUUUGCUGCUUACCGGCUGUUUUUUCGCUCAGCUCUUUUAGUCGUCUAUGUUUCUUGAAGAGGUCGCCAAUCGGGCAGGUUUGAACAUAUUGAAUUCUGUUUUCAUAGAUGAUACAUAACUACAUUAUAUGUGUGUAUGGGUACAUUUUCUGUGUUUUAUCAAUUUUUACCAUAUAAAGGUUGCUUUUGUGAGAGCUUUUUAUGUUUGUUUUCAAAAUGUUCAGCAGGUUUUUGUCAACGUAACUUGCUACAAAAUUGUAAAGUAAAUUGGAUAUCGUGUGAUCAUUUGUAUGAAUAAAA